GAAAAUCUGCUUCCAACCUCAACUUUAGUUGCAAAACAGCUGAUCAGUCUCACCACUUCCUUUGUAAGUACCAGUUUCUCCACUUCCUUUGUAUGGACUCUUAUAUGUUGUGCUAGAAUUUGUAGAUCCAGUUCCACUGUGAGAACUGGCUGCCAGAGCAAAUGAUUGAGUUGUUGCCUUGUUUCCUGAUCCCUUUCCAUCUGCCUUAAGUUUCUGUUCAUGUUGUAACAAGUCAUGAAAAGCUUGCACAACUGUUGGCAAAGGCUUCUGCAUCAACUGCUGU